AUGCCAAGAACUCAAUCUCCUAUUGUCCUCUCACAGCAGAAGAAGGUUCACUUAGACAGGGCAGAGGUUGUGGUCCUCAGGGACCAUCUAGAGGACUGGAAGUCAGUGAAAGGUAAAGAAAGAUCAAGGGUGCUCGUCGCCAUCUACAAGGAAGCAUCACUGCAAGCUCCUACCAAGGACCGAGCCAUUUUGAAAGCUCGCAAAAAGAUUUACAAGCAAUGGUUGCAAAACCAAUCUCGCCGGAAAAAAGAUCCCAAGCCACUCAUCAAGUAUGGCAAACGUUGGACGGCGAGGAAAGUCUUCAUCCAGACUCAUAAACAGCUAAUCCGAGAGGAGACUGGGGAAAUGGCCAGAAGUGAGGAGAUGAUCAGCAAGUGGCCAAGGGUGGCGAAGGUAGUGAUUGAUGGUUUGUCGGCGGAGGAGAGAGAACAGGUGGCGGCAACGGCGGAGAAAUGGAACAAUCAGGCGGCGCCGCCUGACGUUCAGGCCGAGCUCGCCGAGAGCAAGUGCACCGAGAUGAUUGAGCAUUUCGCCACCGAAAUGUUCAAGCAAGCUGGAAUGAGGGUCUGCAUACUGUCAGCAUGGAACAACAGCAAAGGGAAGCUGAUGUUAGGAGGUCAUGACUUCAACGAACAGUUUGGGAACGGCGAGAGCUUCAUCAAGACCAGGGAUUGGGACAGCAUUUUUAUGCCGGAAUGGGGGGAAUAUGCAGGGGAGCAAUUCGAUGCGGAGGAUGGGGAGGAGCCACAAAUGGUAAAGUCAAAGAAGCGGCAGCCCUGGAAGCUGAUCGAACUCGAAGAGGACGCCGAUGAUUGGCCGAUGCUCCCCGAUACAACGGGAUGGAAUCGUGCUGAGCAACAACACAUGAUUCAUUCAUUCCUCACGAAGCUAUACCGGAUGUGUGGUGGGGAAGACACCGCCAAGUCAGCCGUGCCGUGGGGAGAUGUAAGUCAGGACCCAUCAGCGUUCUUUGAUGGCACAAACUGGCCCGCCGGCGUGCAGUUCAAGGAGCCCUCCAAAAUGGACAUAUCGGAUGCAAGCGCUUUGCUAAGCUUCUGGUGGGGUCGGCAAGAACAGAAUAUUCAACCAGCAUUUUUCUUCACGGCGUGGCGAGAUUCUGAUGGAGAAAUCUGUGAGGCAGUUGUUUAUCCAGCACCCAAGGACACUGCCAUGAAUGGCCACUGCACUCAACCCACCCAGCAAAAGGGGAAGUACAAAGGCAAUGCUGUACAAUCUCGCCGGACCAUCAAAGACAGCAGUUCGGAGGAUGAGUUAUAUGGCGAUGAUGGUCACUCAUCCAGUGAAGAUGAUGAACCACUUGUCACUGCCCGGCGAAAUGAUGUGACCCCGCCGCCGCAGGCCACACUCCAGACCAACAAACCUCCCAAGCUCAAGUCUAAUGCCGCUCCUCCACGGCGGAGUGCACGGCAGACACCGGCUGCAGUCGGCGACGUACCAAAACCAGAGACUGCCAGGUUCGGUGAUACCAAGGAGCCUGCCAGACCUCAGAAGAAGGCCGUGAAGCAGCCAUCUAGACCAUUGGCUGCUGUCACGAGAAGCAAGGAGAUCACAUAUGCCGCCGAUGAUCAGCCCAGGGGAUCCAAACGCCGCGCUCCUGAGGCCGUUAGAGAUACGCCGGCGAAGAGGACUAGGAGCAAGACAUUUGCACUGGAGGUGUCUUUGGGCAAACACGGCAAAAAGUGA